AUGAAUUUUCUUGCGGGUGGGCGAUGCGCGAAGGCAAUACGGGCGUAUGACCAGGUCCAGCCGAGGAUGCGUGACCUGACGCCAACAGAAAAGGGCGGUCAUGUCUGUGAAGAGGACGAGGAGGAGAAAGUGGCUAACAACAUCCUGGUGGCAGAUGAAGAGGACGAUUUCAUCACCAACAAACCCCUCAUUGUUCCUGACAUGGCAGCAUUGGAAGAAGAGUAUCGUAAAACAGCUCAAGCUCUUGCUGACAUUGAAAAGGCUAGAGCCUUAGACGAAGAAAUAUACAAGAUGAAGCUCAAGGCUCAGAUGUAUAAUCACCAACUGCAACAGGAGAAAUACCAGAAUGAAGUCCGGCUGCAGAAAGAAAGACAAGAUGAUCUGGUUAAACAACAGUGCCUGGAAGAGGAACUGGAGCAUCGAGAAAUACAUACCAAGACCAAAGGCAUGGGUCCCACACUUAAUAUACCCCUUACGUCUACUCCGGGACAUGCUGAUGGUAAAAGGACCAUACCUAGUAUAGUGGACUCUCUUCAGCUACCUCGUCGAGAACUGCAGACCUUUGAUGGUGAUUCCUUGCGAUAUUGGCCAUUCAUAAGAAGUUUUCGGACCAUAGUGGAUACAGAGAAUAUAGACUCUGCAUCAAAACUGUCGUGUUUGAUGCAAUACUGUAAAGGUAAUGCCAGGAGGAUACUUAAUUGCUGUGAGACUAUGGAUCCAGAAGAUGGAUAUACUCAAGCACUGAAAAUUUUAGAAGAAAGAUAUGGAAAUAAUUAUGAAAUUUCACAGAAGUGGAUACAGAAGAUUAUAAACAGACCUAAUAUAAAGGGACCCUCCGAGCUUAGAGAUUUUGCUGAUGACUUCAAGUGCUGUUAUCAGACUUUAAAGAACAUGGGGUCAUGA